CCGACCCUCAGCUCAACCUUCAGUAUCCAUCCAGCUUCAGGAUGGUCAAGGAUAUUGUGAUAGAGGAGGAUUUGAAUCCUGAUGUUGAUAAACCAGGACGGAGAAAGAAGUUGGAUGCCCGGGGAGGGAGCCAGGAGAAGGAGCUCCCGGAGGUGGAUUGGGAUAAAGAAUCCGUCCCGCUUCUUCCAACCGGAGGAAAACCAAGAUUCCUGGACCCAGUUGAUAAACAUAAUGUCAACGAGGGGGAGACAGCAUUUGUCACCUUUCGUGUUGAAGGAGACCCGGUCCCGCAAGUCGAGUGGUUCAAGGUCCCCGAGAAGGAUAUGAGCUGCAAUCCCAGAGCAAAGCUUAUGACUGAUGGAAACACCUGCACGGUAACAAUGGGACUAAGAAACUGCAAGGCAGAGGACGAAGGAGACUUCACCUGUGUUCUAACCAACAGUAAAGGCAAGGCAGAGAUGGAUUUUAAACUCUUUGUCACAGUAGAGGGAGGAAUGGACUUCAGAGCUAUGUUGAUGAAGAAGAAGGUGAAACAGAAGAAGAUAAUAGUUCAGAAGAUUGAAUGGAUUGAACCACUGUUUGAUAUAGAAGCCCAGGAAAAUAAAGACACUCAGAUCAUUAUGACUGCAAAGUUGUCAGUGAAGGGCAUGAAAGGAAAGUGGUAUCAGAGGAAUGAACUGAUCAUGUCUGAUAUCAAAGCAGGAGAAAAUGGCAGAGAGUUGCAGAAAGGAGACAAAUAUGACUGGAAGCAGGAGGAAGAUGUCUACACAUUGAUUAUAAACAAUCCUAAGCUUGAGGAUGAUGGAACCUAUAUCCUGCUUGUAAAGGAGGUUGAAGCAAAGACAAGUGGAUAUCUUACUGUUCGAAAAAGAGACCCUGAGUAUUGGUUUGUUCGUCCUCUGAAAGAGAAAGAAACUGCAUAUGCUACAAGACCUUACUCCAUGUCAGUUGAGAUCAGUGAACCAGGGGUUAAACUCAAGUGGUUAAAGAAUGGAGCUCCUAUAGAAUGGAGUCAAAGUUCAUGCCAAAAGGUGGAUGAGGGCUGUAUGAGCUGCAUCUACUUUCCUAAUGUUGUGAUGGAUGAUUCAAGCUACUACAGUGCUCAGAUAAUGGAGUUUGUGAAGAAUGGAGAACAAGAUCAAACCAACUGCUGGUUUGAAGUAGAAGAGUAUCCUCAUACUUUUACAUCCAAGCUAAAAGGCAAAAAUGUUGUUGAACAUGACUCUGUCGAGUUUAGCAUAUCCACCGAGGCUGAUGAUGCUGAGGUUACCUGGUACUCUGGUAACAAGAAGAUUGUUCCAGAUGGAACUAGAGUUAUUGCAGUGACCGAAGGUAAAACCAGAAAGUUAAUAAUAAAUGACUGCCAGCUCAAGGAUGAAGCAGAAAUAAGCUGCAAGACAAACAAGGACAAAUCUUCAGCUCCUCUUCAUGUCGGAAUUUUGAAUGAAAUCACCAAGGAAAUAACAUCUGAUUCCUAUCGUUCUAUAUCUGGAAUGGUAUUUGCUGUGGAAAGAGAAGACGUAAUCCUAUAUGUUGAAGUUAAGGAUCCAAAGGCAGCGGUAUCUUUUUAUAUCAAUGGAGAAGAGAUUGACAAAAAUGACUCAAGAUUUGAACAAAGUUCCACUGGCCCUGGAAAACAUCAGCUUGUAAUAAAAAGGCUAGAAAUGUCAGAUGCAGGAAUAGCUGAGGCUAAAACUCCGCUGAACAAGGGAGAUACUAUGCUUAGUACAUGUACUACACUAGAUGUAAUGAUGGGAGAAAGAAAACCUGAAAUGAACAAGAUCGGGAACAAUGGAAACAACAAAGUUGAAGGAGUGUCUGGAAAAGAUGUUAGGUUUGACGUUAAUUUUAAGGUGGAAGGCAAGAAGCAGUCUGAGUUGGAUUUUAAGAUCAUGGUUGAUGGGAAAGAAUUGAAAAAUGGACAAGAUGUAAACAUAACAAUGCAAGAUGGUAAGAUGAGUGUUCAAAUUUUGAACCCCAAGCAUGAAAAGUCUGGAAACUAUAAGGUUGUAAUGAGCAAUGCUCAGGGAUCCUGUGAACAGGAUUUGAAUAUAAAUAUUAUGGACAAACCUGGAGAGCCCAGCUCUUGUACUGUAAAUCAGGUCUUCCAUGACAGUUGUGUGGUGAACUGGAAGGAGCCAUCAGAUGAUGGUGGUUCUGAGAUCAUUAAGUACGUUGUUGAGGAGCUUGAUGUAACUGGAGGUGGAGGCUGGUCUCAAGUUGCUGAAGUCGGAGCCAAUGACAAGAAAGCAAAGAUAGAAGGUUUAACAAAUGGGAAUAAGUAUAGAUUUAGGGUUAAAGCAGUUAACAAACUUGGACAGUCUGCACCCUGUGAAAUGUCUGGUGGGGACAUUGUAGUCAAGGAUCCUUGGAAUGCCCCUGGUCAACCUGGAAAACCUAAUAUACUUGACUGGGGCCCAGAUCAUGGUGAUCUAUCAUGGGCACCCCCAGACACUGAUGGGGGUGCAAAAAUUACUCACUAUGUAAUUGAAAAGAAGGAGAACAACAUGAAGGAUUAUGUUGUUGGAAAAAUAUUAACCAUCCAUGAGGUAAGAGAGAAAGGUGGUUUAAUCUUUGGAACUUGCGAUGGUUUAAUAGAAGGUUAUCAAUACCAGUUCCGGAUCAAGGCUGUAAACCUUGGUUCUACUGGACUCUGGAAUUAUUCUAUUCCGUCUGAUCCUUCUGUGACAAUGACAGCUAAAACAAGAUAUAUGAAAGCUAAGAUUAAGGAACCAGGUAUGCAUAAUAUUGAAAUAAAGGCUGGCAAGACCUUCCGUUAUGAUAUCUGGUUCAGUGGGGAACCUGAUCCUGAUGUAACCUGGGAAAGGGAAGGAUGUAUAUUAAGUUCAGAUGAGAGAACGAGCAUUGAAAUAUUUACAAAGAAAGGAGUUUAUGUGGAGAAGAACAGUGUACUAACAGUGACCAAGGCUAAGAGAAAAGAGGACACUGGUGUCUAUAAGAUCAGACUGAGCUGUGGAGGAGGAAAUUUUGAAGCAACAGGAUAUGUCAAUGUUCUUGAUGUUCCAACCAAACCUAGAUGUUUUCAACCUGAUGAGGUUCGAGCUGAGCACUGCAAGUUAUCCUGGGAACCUCCUGAGGAUGAUGGUGGAACUCCUAUUACAGGUUACACCAUUCAAAUUAUGGAUCUCCAAGGAAAUGAAUGGAUGACCUGUGCUGAAACUAGUUCCACAUCCGUUGAAGUGAAGGGACUGAAGCCCGGUCAUCUUUACAGGUUCGAAGUUGUUGCUCUGAACAAGGAAGGAGAAUCCCCUCCAACUCGAACAAAAGAUCCUGUAAAAGCCGAAAACCCAUAUGGGGCUCCUGGAGAACCUACGGACCUCAGAAUUGUUGAUUUUGAUGAUAAGUCUGUCACAUUACGUUGGGCAAAACCUGCCAAUGAUGGAGGAAGACCAAUUACACACUAUGUGAUUCAAAAGAAAGAUGAGUUUGGAGGUUGGUAUGAUGCUCUUAAAACUGAUAAUGACAGUUGCUUUGCUACUAUAGCUGAACUAGAAGCUAGAAUUCCUGGAUUAAGUCUUGGCAAGCGAUACACAUUCCGUGUCAUCGCCAUUACGAAAGCAGGAGACUCUGAGCCAAGCAGGGAAACUAAACCUCACCUUUGCAGAUAUAAAAACUUGUCUCCGGCAAUAGACAAGGGAUCUGGAGGAUCUAAAACUGUAAAAGUCAAUCGAUUAACUUGUUUCCAGAUCAAGGUAAAGGGAGAACCUAUCCCAGAGUUCUCCUGGAAGAAGGAUGGUCAGAAGAUCAACCCUGCGGAAGGAUUAUCCAUCACUGUGACACAUAAUCCUGAAGAUCAGAGCGCUAUAGCAACACUUCAGAUUCUGAGAACUCAGAUGACAGAUGCAGGGACCUACUCAUUACUGGCGGAGAAUAGGAAUGGUUUUGACUCUGUGGACCUGGAUCUGAUUGUUCUUGAUGAGAUUCACACUAACGACUGUGAGAUGUUCUUGAACGGAGUUCUAGCGUGUACCUGUAAUAACAGGUUCAGAGCUGAGAUAUCAGACCAGGACUCCCUCAAGCUAGGAUUACAGGACAAGGAGUUUAAAUCCAUCCAUAUUCAGCCUGACCUCCCCCUCUGUGGUGUGAUUGGAGGGAAGGAUAUUGGCUUGAAGGCUAGUUCCUGUGAUCUACAGUUACUGACCGAUAGGGUCGGCCGGAACAUUGAUGUCAUGUUCAUGAAGAAUGGAAGAUUUUAGUCAAACAUGAGCUUUACAAUUGUAUAUGUUUCUCAGAUAGAUCCAUGGAAGUGGUAAAACAUGAAAACCAAAGAUAAAGUAACUGUGGCUGUAAUAUAUUAUGUAACCUUUCAGUUGAAGAGGAGCAUCCACAACCGUACCCUUGAAACCUUAUUCUGAUCAAUAAUGUGGAAGAUACGUCGUUUUCCUAGCUUGAAAAUUGUUUAAUUG